AUGAAAUGUGGAUGUGAUGAACAGUAGCUAGGUAGGAAGAGGGUACGAGGACGAUUGUGAAAGAUCAAUUGGAUGCGAAGCCCCUGGAUCUCCCAAAUUCAAACAGAGGAAUCGUAGAUCUACUUUUUCCCUUUUCUAUUUUGUAUUUGAUCAGAACCAAUGGGUUUAUGGGAAGCUUUUCUCAAUUGGCUUCGCAGCCUUUUCUUCAAGCAGGAAAUGGAGUUAUCUCUGAUAGGACUUCAGAAUGCUGGAAAGACUUCACUUGUAAAUGUCGUUGCUACUGGGGGCUAUAGUGAGGACAUGAUUCCAACGGUGGGAUUCAAUAUGAGGAAAGUCACAAAAGGCAAUGUUACAAUUAAGUUAUGGGAUCUUGGAGGGCAACCUAGGUUCCGCAGCAUGUGGGAGCGUUACUGUCGUGCUGUUUCCGCAAUCGUUUAUGUUGUUGAUGCUGCCGAUCCAGACAAUCUUAGCAUAUCAAAAAGCGAACUUCAUGAUUUGUUGAGUAAACCAUCAUUGAAUGGUAUACCCUUGUUGGUGUUGGGGAACAAGAUUGACAAGUCAGGGGCUUUGACUAAACAAGCAUUGACUGAUCAAAUGGAUUUGACGUCAAUUACCGACAGAGAAGUUUGCUGCUUCAUGAUCUCGUGCAAAAACUCGACUAAUAUUGACUCUGUUAUAGAUUGGCUCGUGAAGCAUUCCAAAUCAAAGAGCUGAGAAGUUCCUCUCUGCUUUGAACUCUGCUGUAACUGCUCAGUCUGGAUGUUGGUGGUGGCAUUUGCGCAUCUAAAACUCGGUUUCACAUAGCCUUAUUCUUGCCCUUUGUUUUUUUCUCGGAUUUUUGUUAUGUUAAUAUCAUAUCAUUCUUAUCGUUUGGGGACGUGAACGAUAUGCCAUAUUUGUCAGGGAUUACUUUUAGUGCAGUUAUUGUGAGUUACAUCGUGUUUGUACUUUAGUUGUACGAAAAUUUGAUAAUUCGUUGUAUAAAAAGUGAUAGUUCAAUUUUCUGGCUUGGAAAAA